AUGCCAUUUGAGAGUAUUGAUCUAACAUCAGCGGAGUCCUGUGCCCAAAAGGUUGCACGAGAUGUCGACCACAGUCAGAUGCACAAACCGAUCAUUCGACAUCCUGCAUUGAUGGUCUUGUUCUGUGUCCUGUGCGGUUCUGCUUCUUUGUCUGUCCUCACACUGGAUGUUCUCAUUAUCACCAGAUAUGAAAAAGAUGAGGGCUACGCUGGCCUUGGAUGCUUUGCGGGCUUAUUAGGACUAAUCUUAACCUUAGUCACUUGUCUUUUUCUCUGCUACCAGUCCAAUCUCAUCGCCAUAGUAACACUGGUACUGGAUAUAGUAGCUUUCUGUGCGAACAUAUCGUGUGCUACACUGACUGUGCUCUCCUUACGUGGAUACACCCGCCUUGGUGUUUCCCCGACUCUACUUCAAACGCUGUGUCAAUUUCAACUCACUUACAACACAAUGCAAUUUCAGGCUAUUGAUCUAGCUUCCAUCGAAUCUCGUCGGAAGGAGAACGAACACCAUCACAGUGAUCAUAAUAACACGCACAAACCGAUCGUUCGACAACCUGGACUGAUGAUCUUGUUCUGUGUUCUGUGCGGCUGCGCCGCUUUGUCCACUCUGACUUUGGAUAUCCUAAUACUUACCCGAUUUAAGGGACAGAGUUUGCAUUCUGGAAUCGGAAUCUGGACGGGACUACUCGGACUUCUCGUAAUCGCAGUCACUUGUCUGUUUCUUCGACUCCAGACCAACUUAAUGGCCAUCGUCACACUCGUGUUGGACACGUUAUCCUUUUGCGUUAAUUUAUCGUUUUCUGUACACAUUACUUUAUCUCUACAUGACCCCACCCGA